AUGCCGUGGCCUCAUGAUUUUGUGGACAAGCUGACCUAUCGACUCAAUGCUUUUGGUGCUCCAAAAGUGCUGGUAUUUGCUGUACUCUUGGUUAUUUGGACCGAGAUCGAUUCGAAGAGUUGGCAGGAUCACUCCACCUUCGCCUUUGUGGAGACCUUUGCAGGUCGUGCGGAGACGACCCGAAUGUUCCGUUGUGCUGACAUGCGGUCUGCUCGAAUGGACCUUCCCUACAUGUCACCUGUGAAAGAUGGUCAAAAUCCCAUGGAUUUAUGCACCCCCUCUGGGUUUGCGACUGCUCUUGCGGUGAUGCUACGUGGAGAUCAGGAGCUUGAACGACAGCUGGCUGAUCUGGAUGCUCAGUCCAGUACUGCUGAGUCCUUGGAACGAUUGCUGCAAAGUCAGGUUUCCCGGCUCUUUAAGGCUACUCCACAGAAUGGAUUGCCCUUGGACAUUGACAUGACGGAGACCCUACCAGCAACAGAGUCCCAGGUGACAGCUCGCAUCGUCAAAAUGUUCCAGGAAGGUGAGAUCGAAUCGGGUCUUGCCAUGCAGCUCCUAGGAGGUGCACUUGCCAAGGAUGGGGGACAUGGUUGUUCCAAAAAGAGGCCAUUAGAUGGCAACGCAAGUCAUGAUGAUAGCAAAGCAGCUAAGACUGGUGAAGAUAUGUCCGAUGCUGAUGCUGAUGGCCCUUCAGUGGAAGAGCUUUUGGAUCAGGAAGAGAAUGCUCUCAAAGCCAAAUUGAGACGGCUUUGCGAGGUGAAGAAAGGGGGUAAGCUCCAGGACCGCUUUGUCAAGUACAGGCAGAAGACGGUGACCAAGACAGAGAAGCAGACAAAUGACAUCGCAAAUGGCUGGUAUACCAGGGAUGACAUGGUCAAGAUCUUGAAGUGGCCAGCGAAGAAGAUCAAUGGAGCCAUUAAGGUGUGCGAGGCUGACCCUCUUCACCUGGUGAGGAUGAUGGACCAGCUACGCUUGGAGAUGUUUCCCUUGCCCGGGUGGGCAAUUCUGCAGCUCAAUGCCGAUCUCCAAACCUUGGACACCGAGUACAACAAGUUGGGGGAUCUCGCAGCCAGGGGCGAGCGAGAUGACCACAAUGAUGCGUGGGGCAAGGAAGCUGAGCUCGCCAUGAAGUCCUCCACCUUUGUGUGCACCAAAGUGGCGACGAAUGAAGCCAAGAUUCGGUCAUCGCCUCAACUUCUGCAGUGCGUAGACCAGAGCAUCUUGUCGACAGCGAAAAAGCACUUCAAGAAGGGUGAGAAGGAAGAGAUUCACAAGGUGUUGCCGGUGUGUCGGCAAAGAGGUUGGCAGCAAACAUUGGCGAAGGGGCCAUGCCCAAAAAAUGAGGAGUUUCAGCAUUUACCUUUGGAAUCUGAUCGCCUGGACAAACCGAUUGGCACCAGUGGAUUGAAUACCCUUUUGGACUAUGAGGAUCAGUAUUUGCGCUAUGGUGAUCUCAAAAGCCUUCCACGUGUUAAAGGCUGCAAGAAUGAGCGAAGUGGAGGGGACACCCUUCAAGCCCUUCAAGAUGCAGAUAGUGGACCAUUCCUCACGUAUGUUGUGUACAAGUCAUGGAAGCGUCCUAGUAUGCAAGCCAGCAGCCUCAGCCAAAUCCUCACUGCAAAGGCUGUGGCCGAAGACUUUGGAGUGGAACAAUGUGCUGAAAAUGGCAUUUCCUUAUGGUCCAAAGCUGAUGUAACACACCCUGAACGGGAUGUCUUCCGGAUUUGCAUUUUGGGUGUCAAAGGCGAUGCUCCAUAUUUGUCCAAGGUGGCUCACUUCUACAGAUCCUACAACACUUUUGCUAAACGUGGAGAUGAGAGAGGUCCACCAAAAGGUUGCUGCCCAUACUGUCUUGCAGGGACAUCCUUGUGCGCUGCUGAGGAGAUAGCCACAGCAACACCAAAAUGGUUGCCUACUGUUGCUGUGAAGCUGCCAUGGACUCGGGAGCCUGCUAUCAUCAAGCAUCUGAUGCAUGAUCGUGGUGAUCCGGCUUCGUUCUUCAAAUCGGACAUCUGGCAUGUGUUCCAUUUGGGCUUUGGUCGUUCCUGGAUUAGCAGUGUUAUCCAGUUGCUCCUACCAUUUUUGCCUUGUUCGAAUUUGGACGAAAAGUGGGACUACCUGACAGACCACUACAUGCAAUGGUGUCGUGCAAACAACAAGCAGUCCCACGUCAGCCGCAUCAGUGCGUACCUCAUGUCGUAUGGUGAUGCCACAGGAGCCAUGGGGAAUUGGCAUAAAGGAGCUCUAACAACAAAUCUGAGCCAAUGGCUUGUCGAUUUACUGGGUUCAGAAGGUCGUGAUCCUGAUGGUUUGCUGGUGAAAUGCCGGGAAGCCACAUUUCGAGUUAAUUCAUUGUUCAGCACGCUUUACAAAGCCGGCGCAUUUCUGGGGGAAUCUGAAUGUGCGCACGUUGCUGAGCAGGGCUUGCGCUUUCUAGCAGUUUAUGCAGAACUUGCGUUGCGAAUGUACAGAGCCAAUCGGCAGUUUCUGUUCCCGUUGUAUCCCAAGCUUCAUAUUUGGCACCAUUUGAUUUUAACAGUGAAGCAGUCUGGAGAGCGCAAUCAAAGCGCCAUCAAUCCAGCUAUGUACGCCUGCCAGAUCGAUGAAGACCUGAUAGGAAAGGCUUCACGACUGAGCCGAAGGGUAAAUAUCCGAAAAGUCGCUUCACGGACCUUAGAAAGGUACCUUGCAGCUGCAUACGCAGCCUUCUCGAAGGAAGGCUGGCUGUCUUAG